AUGCCUCGGACCACCUUGAGAUUGGGCCCUGCUGUGAAGGGCUCUGAAAAGAAUAUUAAGAGAAUUUGGAUGCCGCUUCAUCUUGAAAACCUUGACCAUCCACAGAACGUGCUUGAUCGUCAGUCUGUCCUCGAUCUUAUCCGAAGUGUCUACGAUCCUUUGCUGAUCAAUUGGCUUGCUGAGCCAGGUCGUACCUGGGUAAACCAGUUCUCAGGAAGGUCUUCCGGUACUCAAUUCCAAGCACAGAUUCUCGCUAGAGUGGGAGAGCUGCCAUUAGGCGUUCAAUCGAUAGAGACUCGGAAAGUCCUUGGUGGAAUUCUAUACGAUAUUCUUAGAUUUUACCGAAUCACCGAUCCCGACUGGAGAGUACCUGCGCCUGGCAGUGCUGGCCCUCCUCCUCCUCCUCCUCCUCCUCCUCCUCCUCCUGCUGCUGCUUCUGUUCCCAUCCCUGCUUCUGCCACUGCUCCUAUCGAAGAGGGGGCCGGGGAUGUGCUUUCUGCUGCUAUUGCCAUGGGGGUGGUUACUGCUGCUGCUAAUCUAGAAGUUCUUACAGAUGCGGCAAACCAAGUACUUGGGCCUACUGCUCCUGCCCACCGUCCUACUCCCCUAGAAAUACUUGCAGAAGUUGCAAGCUCAGCCGAGCCUAGUCCUAUUGUUUCUCCGACUUCUUCCCUCGAUAUACUUGCAGCUGCUGCGGGCACACUUCCGUAUGCUCCUGUACCCGCUCCUCCUGCUGCCCCCGCGCCGAUUGACUCUCCUACUCCUGGGGUCAAGCGAGGCAGAGACGAUGAGUCUGAAGAUGAAUCUGAGCAGCAUGCUAAGAAGAAGCAAGCGGUAAGUCCGAAGUAA